AUGGACUCGAUAGCCUUUGAGGAUGUGGCUGUGAACUUCACUCCGGAGGAGUGGGCUUUAUUGGAUUCUUCACAGAAGAAACUCUACAGAGAUGUGAUGUGGGAAACCUUCAGGAACCUGGUCUCCAUAGGAAAGAAAUGGAAAGACCAUGGCAUUGAAGAUCUGUACAGAAACCAGAGGAUAAAACAAAGAAGUCCUGUGGUAGAGAGAAUCUAUGAUGAGAAAGCGGGUCAGCAGUCUAAAGACAGCUUCAUCUCUAUUCCAGAUCUCAAUCUGAAUGAGAAAUCUCUUGGAGUGAAACCAUGUAAAUACAGUGUGUGUGGGAAAGCCUUCCUAGAACUUUCGUCUCACAAUGGGAACGUCAGAUGUCUCACUGAAAACAAGCCACAUCACUGUCAGGAAUAUGGAGAGAAGCCAUAUAAAGGUUAUCUCCAGUGUGUUAAAAAACAUGAAAGGAAUCAUAAUGGAGAGGAACCUUAUGAAUAUAAUAUAUGUGCUGAAGCCUUCAGUCCCAGCCAUGUUCAAGUAGAUGAAAAAACUCAUACUGGGGAAAAACUUUUUAAAUAUAAGGAAGGUGGGAUAGCAUUUAGUGAUCUCUCAAUCCUUCCAGCACACGUGACCACUCACACUGGAGGUGAACUUUAUAAAUGUAAGAAAAAUAAGAAAGCAUCCAUUUCUCCCAGUUUAUACCAAAGGCCUGGAAGGAGUCAGACUGGAGAGAAACCCUAUGAAUGUAAACAAUGUGGUAAAGCCUACAGACAUCGCACUUCCUUCGAAACACACGAAAGAAGUCACUCUGGAGAGAAACCCUAUGAAUGUAAAACGUGCAGGAAAGCAUUCACUUGUCUCAGUUACCUUCGAAAACACAGAAAGAGGCACACAGGAGAGAAACCCUAUGAAUGUAAGCAAUGUGGCAUAGCCUUCAAAUAUUACAGUUCCUUUCAGUCUCACAAGACGAGUCACACAGGAGAGAAACGCUACAUAUGUAUGGGAUGUGGUAAAGCUUACAGUGGUCCCACUGCCUUAAAAACACACCAAAGAAUUCACACAGAAGAGAAACCCUAUAUAUGUAAGGACUGCGGAUCAGCCUUUAGACAUUCCAGUUCUUUACAAGUACAUGGAAGGUCUCACACUGGAGAGAAGCCCUAUGAAUGUAAAACAUGUGGAAAAGAGUUUCGUUGUCUUAAUAAUCUUCGAACACAUAAAAGAGUUCACACGGGAGAGAAACCCUAUGAAUGUAAGCAAUGUGGUAAAUGUUACAGCGAUUACACUUCCUUCAAAACACACGAAAGAAGUCACACGGGAGAAAAGCCCUACGAGUGUACAAUAUGUAGGAAAGCAUUCGGCAGUCCCAAUUAUCUUAGAAAACAUAGAAAGAGAUCACACCGAAGAGAAACCUUAG